AUGUCACCUCAGGAGCUUGCUGCACUGCUCUGCAAAGAAGGGGACCACCAUCUCGCCCAGCAGGAGGUACCGAUAGCCACUGCCUUCUACAUGGCUGCCUUCUGCUGCAGUGCCUUCACAGCAGUACAGAAAGUGAACUCCUUCGACAAAGAGCUCAGGGAGAAAGUGGUAGCCGCUCUGGAGAUGUGGUGCAGAGGCAAGAGUCAGAUUCCCAAGAUCCAGAGCAAGAACUUGGCCGUUGUCUCCCUCAGUGUGGGAAUAGCUGCCAUCUUUCUCUCCACCCUAAGUCCCGACAAUGUGGUGUCCUCACUAUAUCAACUGGAGACCCUGCUCAGGCGAGGAUGCUCAGAGGAGGUGGUGAGUAAAUGCAAUACCCUGCUCAAGGCUAACACAAAGUAUUCAGUGGAACUGCUGCUGCUGAGGGCGUUGGCAUGGGUGCUGUCAGGGACUCAAGUUAGGAAGGGAGUUGCGGACUAUGUCCAAGCCUUUGUGAUGCAUCGGGCUGAGGCAGUGGCCUAUGUGUGUGCAAGGCAAAGGGAACACCUGCCACGGGUCAUCCAGGCCUUCUCGAAUUAUCUUUCAACAUACCAGAAAGAAAGUCCAGACUGCAGCUCCUUGGACCAGUGGCUGGGCAACUGCUAUGAGUUCCUGUCUGCAGUGGCACCGGAUGAUAUCUGGGUUUGCAGAGUGCAAGCAGAUUACCUUUUUAAGAAAAGCAAAUUUGAGGAGUGUGUUGCAGUUUGUAGCAAGGCCCUCGAGGGCUUCUCAGCAGAUAAUAAUGUCAGAGAUGAGGAAGCUUUGGGUCUGCUCUUGGAACGGGCCGCUGCGUAUUUUUUCUUGGGUGGACGGAUGCAGGAAAUGAUGCAGGAUUUAGCAGAAGCCUUCGCAGCAACCCCUGCCCAGGCAAUGAAACACUUUGAAGAGCUUUUCUCACCACAUGACACUGAGAGGAUAGAAGAACAGGCUAGAACUGUCCUGGAGGUGAAGUUUGCAGCAUACAGGGAGGCUGUACGUACUCGGGCUGAUCUCAGAGGCAAUCAAGGUGCUGAACUGCUCCCUUCUGUCAUCCAGACAGUCCAGCUCCUCCUUCAGAUCUCCCCAGGGUCCAAACGUGAGCUCAGUGUCCGGCUAGCAGACUGCCACCUCCUGCACGGGCACAUCAGAACUGCCCGGGAUAUCUGUGACCACCUCUUGGCAGCAGAGCAGAAAACUUACUACAAUACUCUCUUAGCCUUGCGAGGAUUCUGCUUCCUCCACGCUCACGACCAUCAGCAAGCCCUGCAGGACUUUCAAAAGGUCAUUGAGCAUGAUUCCCCACAUCCUAACAGCUGUAUUAAAGCCUUAUGUGGGCGUGGACUUAUCCGGAUUUCUGGUGGCAGCCAUUACUUGACAGCCCUGGAUUAUAUCACAGCUUGCCAGUUAAAGCUGGAAGAAACCAUCUUCACUAUCAAGUCCUAUGUGCCGUGGAACCAGCGAGGACUACUGCUGAAAGUUCUCCAAGAAGAAGGACAGAACAUGCUCCAGAAGAAGAGGUACCCAGGAGGCAGUUCAGCCCGUGGGCAGAAAAAGGAACAGGGCUAUGCCCCUGGGGUUUGCCAGCUGGCUUCUCUCUUGGUGGAGCUGGACGCUUCUGACGAAGCAUCGCGGAUCCUUUGUGCUGAUGCCCUGUACCAGAUGGGUUGUGUAGAAGAAGCUCACAAGCUCCUCUUACUGGCACUCUCCAGAAAUCCACAGAGGUCUUCUGUCCUGGCUAGACUCGCCCUUCUGCAACUGAAGAAAGGGUUCAUGUAUGAUGGCAACCAGCUGCUGAAGAAAGUGAUCAGAAUUGGAGAUACCUCCUGCCUCCUGCCAAUCAUGGACGUUUUCAAGGAUGAAGACCGGAAGCUGAUGCAAAUUCACUGCCAUUUCAGGGCGCUGUCCAUCUUGAAGAACAAACAGGAGGAUGCUGACAUCAAAGAGGCCAUUGCCUACCUUUCCUUUGCCAUCAUUGCUUCAGGUGGUUAUGCUGAAGAGUGCCUUCUCAUCAGGGCUCAGUGUUAUGGGCGCCUCGGUCAGAAGAAAACUGCUAUUUUUGAUUUUAAUGCCAUCCUAAAGGAGGACCCUAGGAACGUGCAAGCUCUGAGUGGACGAGGACUCAUUCACCUUGCUCUGAAGCAGGAGAAGGAGGCAGUGCAAGAUUUGAUCUCGGCGCUGAAGGUGGAGGCAGGAGUAGUGAUCCCAGCAAUCCUGUCUUUAAAUCGUGAAGCCCAGGGCUUGGUCACUCAGUGGCUCCUUCAGCACGGCAGGACUGCGUUAACUGAGCUCCUUGCUGCUAAAGACCUUUCAAAAGAAGAAACCCUCGGGGAUCUUCUCGUGAUUGCAAAAGCACUAGUUAAAAUUUGCAAGGAUGCACAAUAUCACAUCUUCUACACAGAUGUUUUGAUUGCAAAUGGUAAGUAUGAAGAGGCCCUUGACCACCUUCAGGAAGCAUUUGGCCACUCACUUGCUGAUGACUUUGCUAGUGCAAGACUGGCUGUGCUGCAGCUGAAGAGGAGGAACGUGCCAGCAGCAGCGCGCUCAUUCAGCGUCCUAGCCAAGAGAGAUGAAAGGGAGUUGGGGUUUCUCCUGAACUUCGUAGACACUAAGCAACAGCAGCAUCUCUCUCAGGUAGCAGCCCAGGAAGGAAAUGCACUGAUGAAAGAAUAUCACUAUGAGAAGGCUCUUGGUUACUACACGCUGGCUGUCUUGACAAGUAAAGAGAAUCCAAGGUAUCUCCGACACAGAGCUGCCUGCCUUAUGCACCUGAAAAAAUAUGACAAAGCUUUAAGAGAUAUGGAGAAAGUAAUCCAGAAACAUGGCUGUAAUAGCCUUAAAACACGUGUGGAGGACCACUGCUCGAAAGGACACCUGCUUCUGUCAGUGGCUGAGGAAGAAGCAGCAGUGAAGGAGUAUAUCCAGGCACUGCAGUUAGAUGAAUCUAUGGCACUGUGCAGCAUCAUGAACAGCCCUGGCAGUGAAAUUUUAACCAAAACAUUUCAUAAGGUCGCCCAAUAUAAUUUUGAAAUGCAGCAGUAUGAAGAGGCCUGGAAAAUCACUGACUAUGGUCUUAAAAUUGAUAAAAAUACUGAACUGAAAAAGCUGAAAACAAGACUUAAGCGGGAGGCAUCCAGCUGUAGCAUACAUUAAUUUACCUGUUUGGGGAUUUUUCCAGUGUCUGAUUGCUUUCUAGUUUGUUUGUGAGGCUGCAAGAAUAAGGAAAAGAUGAGAAGCUCAUGAUAAAUAUGCAAUGGACGUGGGCACUGAACACAGUACAGCAGUAGAAGUAGAAGUAGAAAGUUUCAGGUAGUGAAACAAACUAAGCAAGAGAUCUAUGAGAAAAAGGCAGAUUGCAGAAUUCAGUAUUCUUUAAAGUUAUUGCGGAUGUAAACUCCCCCUUGUGAAGAAAAUGUUUUGUCUGGCUAAACUGAACUAAUUCUAACGCAUGGGUUCCAAUUACAGUGAAGGAGAACAUUCAAAUAGUUUGCAGCUUACGAAUAACCAUGUAUUUCCUUGCUAUUUAUUUGAUUAGCUUUAACACAUACUGUUCAAUUAAGCAGCCUUAUUUUUAUGGGCCAGUCAAAAAGAUCAGUCAAAAAUAAUAUUUGUAAUGUGUUUGUGAAGGACCGUGUGUGUCACACCCCUCGGAUGAGCCGCUCCUGAACAGAAUGAACUGUGCUUGUCGUAAUCGAGCGGAUUUGCAACAGUCAGCCCCAAUACAGGGGAGUGGAGCAGGCCAAAUGCCAAGUAAAUGGUUUUUCUGUCCCGGGGAACAUAGAUAAUAUGAAAGAUGAGACUCAGCAGAGAUGAAACGUCCAAUCUAGUGAUUGUAGCCCCUGUGAUCUGGGACACUCGGCUUCACCCCGCACUUCCAGAUCCCCAUGGCAAGAGCCUGCCAAGUAUCAUCCUCCACACUCCUGUACAAGUUGGGGUUGGAGGUGCCGGCCAAGAUGGUGAUGUGAUUGCUGUGCAGUGACUGAGCACUCCUUCCUCCUCCUCAUCCCCGCCGGACAGCACGGCCAUCAACACCCCCCAUGUGCUGAAGGGGUUUGCCUGCUGUCACAUAUCCAGCUUCUAGGGCAGCACGGAGAUAGCGCCAAUAUUUCUGCGGGGUUUGGUGUUUCAGCUGCCUCAUGGAGUCUACAGCUUCGUUUGGAAGCAGUACGCCCGUGCUGUGCACAAAAGGAGACGAUGAGGUGGGGCCCAAACCAACAGACUCCUACAUUUGUUUUGACUGCUCUAAGUGAAUUCUCCCAUUGUUUUUGGAGUGUGAUAGUACAACCAUGGAGAAAAAUAGAAACUACUAUUGAAAACAAAGAUUAAAGCAAUACUGAGAACGGCUCUCCUGCUUUGAUUAGGAUGA